UUCAGCUGUUCGCGUUGCUGCUGGGAGCACCGGAGGUAACAUCGUUACGAAAGGAUGAGUUGGCAGAAGUGAUUAUAAGGGCGGAUGCAUGGGAGAGACUACCGCCGUACCGAACGCAUCAACACGAGAUCGUGGAGGAACCGGGUUCGAAGCCGACCUUCCGAGUGCCAUAUCGGCUCAGCCCUACGGAGCUGACCGACAUGAAAAACAAAUCGAGUAUCUCCUAGCCAAAGGACUCAUCCGACCAUCCACUUCACCGUAUGGUGCCCCAGUACUCUUCACACCGAAACCGGACGGAAGCAUGCGCAUGUGCAUCGACUACCGAGCUCUUAACAAGCAGACCAUCAAGAAUACAUAUCCGAUACCGCGAAUUGAUGACCUGCUUGACCAGCUUCGGGGAGCUACGGUAUUUUCCAAACUGGAUCUGCGGUCUGGAUACUGGCAGAUACGGAUGGCGGACAACUCUAUCUACAAAACUGCUUUCCGAACUCGGUACGGAUCGUACGAGUAUUUGGUCAUGCCGUUCGGACUCACCAACGCACCAGCGACGUUCCAAGCAGAAAUGAACCACAUCCUACGCCCACUCUUGGACGAAUGCGUGGUGGUGUACCUGGACGACAUCUUCAUCUACUCGCGCGACAUGAAGCAGCACGUCGAACACCUGCGACGCGUCUUCGAAAUUCUUCGACGAGAACGAUUCUACGUCAAACUGUCCAAGAGCGAAUUCACCAUUGAGAAGGUCCAGUUCCUAGGACACAUGGUGAGCGCUCAAGGAGUUCAUGUCGACCCCAAGAAAAUCAAAGCCGUACGCACGUGGAAGACACCCGAGAACGUGAAGGAGUUGCAGCAGUUCCUAGGCUUCGCUAAUUACUAUAACAGGUUCGUGCCACAGUAUGCGAAAAUCGCAGCACCACUCACGGAUCUGCUGAAGAAGAACACGCCCUACAAAUGGGAGCCGAAGCACCAGGAAGCCGUGGAGCAGCUGAAGCAAGCACUUACGUCCGCACCGGUACUCAUUUUGCCAGAUCCCGAACGCGACUACGUCAUCGAAGCUGACGCCAGUGACCAAGCAGUGGGAGUAGUCUUGAUGCAAGAUCAAGGGAAUGGACUGCAACCAAUUGCUUACCUAAGUAAGAAACUACACGGGGCAGAACUCAACUACCCGAUACACGACAAGGAGGCCCUGGCUAUCAUCAUCGCCUUCAAAGCAUGGAGAUGUUAUCUCGAAGGAUGAAGAACGACCGUCUACACCGACCACUGCAG